AUGGGAAGCAUGGAGCCCCUUCUCGGGGAAAGCAAACGACGAGUGUGCUACUUCUUUGACUCGGAUAUCGGAAAUUAUCACUAUGGUCCAGGACAUCCAAUGAAGCCAACUCGUAUCAGGAUGUGCCAUUCGCUUGUCAUGAACUAUGGGCUAUACAAGAAGAUGGAGAUCUUUCGAGCGAAACCAGCCACCAAGCGUGAAAUGUCUCAAUUCCAUACCGAUGAAUACGUGGACUUUCUCUAUCGUAUAAAUCCCGACAAUGCUGCUCAAUUUGCCAAAGAACAAGUUAAAUACAAUGUCGGUGACGAUUGUCCCAUCUUUGAUGGACUGUUCGAGUACUGCUCCAUUUCUGCCGGAGGGUCCAUGGAGGGAGCUGCGCGAUUAUCUCGAGACAAAUGUGACAUCGCUGUCAAUUGGGCGGGAGGCCUCCAUCACGCAAAGAAGGCGGAAGCGAGUGGGUUCUGCUACGUAAAUGACAUCGUUUUGGGUAUCCUGGAACUGUUGAGAUAUCAUCAGCGAGUCUUAUACAUCGACAUCGAUGUCCACCACGGAGAUGGUGUCGAGGAAGCUUUCUACACCACCGACCGAGUCAUGACUUGCAGCUUCCACAAAUAUGGAGAGUUCUUCCCUGGUACUGGUGAGGUGCGGGAUAAUGGUAUCGGUAAAGGCAAGGGAUAUGCUAUCAACGUCCCGUUGCGGGAUGGCAUCAGCGACGAAAACUACAAGAGCAUCUUCCAGCCGACCAUACAAAGAGUCAUCGAGUGGUACCAGCCGGGCGCCAUCGUCCUUCAAUGCGGCUCCGACUCUCUGUCUGGUGAUCGCUUGGGCUCCUUCAACCUGUCCAUGCGCGGACAUGCGGCUUGUGUACAAUUUGUCAAGUCUUUCAACCUGCCGCUACUGAUGCUCGGUGGGGGUGGAUAUACCGUCAAAUCGGUCUCGAGAACUUGGGCGUAUGAGACGGGUCUGGCCGCUGGUGUUCAACUCGGCCGGGACCUUCCCAACAACGAAUACUGGGAAUACUAUGGCCCAAACUACGAACUGGAUGUGCGCUCCUCCAACAUGACCGAUCAGAAUACUCCCGAAUACCUUCAAAAGGUCAAGGAGGCUGUGUUCGAAGUCCUUCGUGAUAAAAACGCCGCGCCCAGUGUACCCAUCCAAUCGGUCCCCAGAAUGAGGCAUGAUGAUGAAGACGAGAACGAGGGCGAAGAUGAUGAAGACAAGGACCAACGCCGGCCGAUGCGACUUUGGGCUCGAGAGAAGCAGCCAGAGACAUCCUUAUCGGACUCUGAAGACGAAGGCACCGGCGGCAGGCGACACCGCAGAAACUACAAAGAGGCGUCCCAGAAGAAACGACGUUCAGAAACACCCCUCAAUCUCAGCGUCCCAGGUUCCGUCGUUCCAGCAGCCCCUGUACCAGCACCUGUUACACCUUCUGAAGUCGCCCCAGCUCCGCCUGCGGAUGCUAGUGCGCAAGCGACAAGCUCGAAUGGGCCCGACAUUGAAACCUGGGCUGCAGGAGUCCCCGCCCACGAGAGCCAGGCAAUGGAAGUUGAUAAUGCUGCGGCGUCUGCACCGGCCCCAGCCGCAACAGCCACGACGACAGGCGGGGAGCCUUCUGAGACGCAGCCGACUGUUGCGGCAGCAGAGCAAGGCGAUGUUGUAAUGCAAGAAGCAACCAAUGGCGAAUGA